GCGUUUCUGUAAUCAACUUCCUUGUGUGCGUAACAUAAAAGGGGCAUUCGUGGCGCAAUCGUGAAGUCGGCAGCGGAUCUGCGGCGAUGGCGGCGCUCAGGAUUCUCCCCGUGUUGGCGCUCCUUUUAGGGGUGGCCGAGCUGCUGCCUCAGUGCUCUGUUACCGAAACACAGAUGAAAGAUGUCACCUAUCUCCUCAAUCAGAUGCUUCUAACGAAAGAUCCCAACCCCAGCAUCCUGUUAGGUCUGAGAUUGGCGAGCAAACACAAUAUUCCAGCAGAGAAGAAGAUGCUGAAGAACCUGCAAGAGGAUGCCAUAAAGAAGGUUCAAGAAGGUCUGCCUUUCUCCUCAGGCUCAGUUGCUCUCUACUGUUUGGCAAUGCAGGCCUGUUGUGAAGACCCCAGUCAUAUUGCAGCUCCAGAGUUAUCAGAAGGCAUCCUGGACUUGGGGCAGCUUUUGGAGAAGAAGCUGAAUGAGGAACUGCACUCCAUUGAAACAGAGGGCUUCCCGCUGACUAAUUAUUAUCAAGUCAGUUUGGAUGUGCUGGCAUUGUGCAUGAUGGGAAAAUUGGGGACAGAGAGUGCGGUGAAGAAACUUAUUGAAGCUGCUGAAAAUGACAAGUUCAGCUAUGGUGGGAGCUUCUCUGUUGAUACAGGAGCAGUAGCAGUUUUAGCACUGACCUGUGUGAAGUUGUCUACCAAACCACCACCAGAAGAUGUGCAGAAUACAAUACAACAACUAAUAAGUACCAUCUUGGAACACAGGCAGGAAAACGGAGUGAUUGGCAACCUUUACAGUACAGGACUGGCAAUGCAGGCCCUGUCUGUGAACCAAGUGGACUACAGCUGCUCUCAAACCAUCCAGGCGAUCAUUCCACAGAUUUCAGCUGGGGCUUUCGACAACCCAAUGGCCGCCUCACAAAUCAUUCCUUCUCUGGAGGGACGCAGCUACUUGGAUGUGACAAAACUCAAUUGUGCUGCUGAUCAGGAUAAUCUGCCUUUUCCCAAACAAGCCUCAUCCACUCCUCUCGCAGACAAGCCUAUCAAUGUGAUCUACACGGUGGUGAACAACUUGCCUGUCUGGGAACCCUUCCGUGACACCAUCACAGUUUCCAUCUCCAAAGGCUCCACUCUGUUAGAUGUCAUGAAGAAAGCUGAAAAGAUGUCUCCUGACAAGUUCAGGUUCACUGUAGACAUCUCCAACUGGGGGCCCUUUGUCACGAGUAUCCAGGGACUGUAUGGGAAUGAUAAGGACCACACCUAUUGGCACUUUACGAGUGGAUCAGUCAGCUUGGCUCUAGGUGUUGGCAGCUAUAAGCCUCUUGAUGGAGAGCACAUUUCGGCCACCUUCUCGAAAUACUAACCCUACAUGUGCUGAAGAACAGAGAUCUUUCUCCUUUUGCAGUCAUACUCAAUUGAUAAACUGUUUCCUUAAACUCAUUUAAUCCUUCUGAAUUCAAACUAUACUGUAAUUGUUGUUGGCCACCAUAUCUGGCAUAAUAAAAUUCAUUCUGACUACUGCA